UUGACACUUUUUAUUAGGUAAGUUUUUAGGGGGCUUUUAGGGGGCCUAAAUGGGCCCGAAAUGGCCUGGAAGCAUGAAAAAUGGCCUAAAAUGGUCUAAGAUGACCUAGAAACAUCAAAAAAUGGCCUAAAAUGGUCCAAGAUGACCUAGAAACCUCGAAAAAUGGUCUAAAAUGAUCCAAUAUGGCCUAGAAAUCCAAUUUUUCGGGUUUCUAGGCCAUAUUUGAUAUCAAAAUGCUCCAAAUUCUGUCAGGAAUCACAACGUUUCGGACGCCACAUUUUUCCGGCUGGUAGGAGUGGAUAACACGGCCGAUUUCAACGUGUCCGCUGGAAACACCUUCGAACACACUUUUGAGGUGAAACGAAAAGGAUAUUGGACGCUGUUUGUCGAAUUUCCCGGUGAUCGAUAUGCGAAAUCGCCUAGGAAAGUGAGUUUUUUGGAUUUUUCGUGAAAAAUUAGUCUAGGAGAAGCUGCGAGGCUUCAAAUAUAGUUUUUAAAGGGUUGACUGCUUCAGGAGGGCGUUCUCUAGGCUCUAACGCUUGUCAGAGAUACUCUCUAGGGUUGAGUGCUUGAAAAUCGCAUUUUCUAGGCGUCAGACCUUGCCACUGAAUUUUUCAAGGCUUGGCUGCUUGACAAGGGUGUUCUCUAGGCGACAACGCUUGUCAGCGAUGUUUUCUAGGGUUGACUGCUUGACAAGUGUGUUCUCUAGGCGUCGAGCCUUGAAAAGGGUGUUCUCUAGGCUCCAAGGCUUGUCAGAGAUGUUCUCUAGGCUCCAACGCUUGUCAGAGAUGUUCUCUAGGGGUGACUGCUUGACAAGGGUGUUCUCUAGGCUCCAACCCUUGACAUCACUAUUCUCAAGAGUCCGCUUCUUGGAAAUUGCAUCUUCUCGCAGCGAACCCUUGACAGAUAGUGUUUCAAGGGUUGGCUGCUUGACAGAAGUGUUCUCAAGGACUCGAACCCUACAAAAUCCCGAAUUUUUGCAGAUAAUCUCCCGCGAUUCGUACAAAAAAUGGGUGAUGGAAGUGUACUACUAUCCGGGAGCCGUCGGCUUUUCCGAAUGGCACAAAUUAUCGAGGCGUGGCGAGCACAAAAUCCACGGAUAA